AUGGUCGCGAUUCUUUCAAUCACUGCGGCGCUUGCCGCAGUUGUGCUUCCUAAUAUUGUCUCUGCCACUGGUCUCGACCAGGCUGCAGUCGCCAAAGGACUUCUAUAUUUCGGCACCGCAACGGAUAACCCCGAGCUCACGGAUAUCCCAUACCUGACACAGCUGAACAACACCGCUGACUUUGGUCAAAUCACCCCUGGAAACUCGCAGAAGUGGGACACGACCGAGCCAUCGCAGGGCACCUUCAGCUUCACCAAAGGAGACGUCAUCGCCGACCUGGCCGAACAGAACGGGCAGUACCUGCGCUGCCACACACUAGUGUGGUACAAUCAACUACCCAGCUGGGUAACCAGCGGCACCUGGACAAACGCAACGCUGAUCGCGGCGCUGCAAAACCACAUCACGAACGUAGUAAAGCACUACAAGGGGCGCUGUCUGCACUGGGAUGUCGUCAACGAAGCACUCAACGACGACGGCACCUACCGCACGAACAUCUUCUACACAACGAUCGGCGAAGCCUACAUCCCGAUCGCAUUCGCAGCAGCAGCAGCAGCAGACCCGGACGCGAAGCUGUUCUACAACGACUACAACCUAGAAUACGGAGGGAACAAGGCAGCGAGCGCGCGGGCGAUCGUGCAGCUAGUUCAGAAGGCAGGAGUCAAGAUCGACGGGGUGGGUCUGCAGGCGCAUUUUAGCGUGGGCACGGUGCCGAGCAAGAGCUCGUUGGUGUCUGUGCUGCAGGGCUUCACGGCGCUGGGCGUCGAGGUCGCGUACACGGAGGCGGACGUGCGGAUCCAGCUGCCCACCACGGCGACGACGCUCGCCCAACAAGCCAAGGACUUCCAGGCUCUGGUGCAGUCGUGCGUGGAGACCACCGGGUGCGUGGGCUUCACUAUCUGGGACUGGACGGAUAAGUAUAGCUGGGUGCCCAGCACGUUCUCGGGCUACGGCGCUGCGCUGCCGUGGGAUGAGAAUCUGGUUAAGAAGCCGGCGUAUGAUGGGUUGUUGGCCGGAAUGGGCGUUACCGUUACCGCUACGGCGACUGCGACGGCGACGGCAACAAGCACUGCUACGACUGGCGCGGCCACGUCCACGGGCACGGGCGCUACCGCUGCUCAUUAUGGCCAGUGUGGCGGGGGAAGCUGGACGGGGCCGACGGUGUGUGCGAGUCCGUGGACCUGCACUUAUGUCAACGACUGGUAUUCGCAGUGCUUGUAA